AUCAAACUUGCUUUCUAUUUCCCCAAACGGUCUCAGGAAAAUGACAGAUCAAACUCGACUGGAAUUUCAGACGAUGCCAAUGAAUGACAGCUACACAAACCAGACUUGCGAUGUUUUCGUCUACAAGGAGUCUGCUAGGAUCCUCUUUCCCAUUUUCUACUGCCUGAUUUUUGUCAUCAGUGUGGCAGGUAACAGCCUGGUCCUCUGGAUCACCUGUCAGAAAAAGCAGAAGAUGAACUCCACCACGAUGUAUCUGAUCAACCUGGCCAUCUCCGACACCCUCUUCACCUUGGCUCUGCCCAGCAGGAUCACAUACUACAUCAGAGGUUUCGACUGGCCAUUUGGAGAUUUCUUGUGCCGGCUGACUGCCAUGAUUUUCUACAGCAAUACCUAUGCUAGCAUCGCCUUCAUGACCUGCAUCAGUGUGGAUCGCUACUUGGCCAUGCUGCACCGUCAGCGCUGUCAAAGACUGAGGAAAACCAAGGUCGUGCGAGGUAUCUGCACUCUGGUGUGGGUUGUGGUUCUCCUUGAGACGUCCCCGCUGCUCUUCAAGAGCACCAUGGAAGACAGACCCGGUCAUCGAACAUGCAUGGAGUUCUCCAAUUUCGAUGGCCACAAGAUGGCAUAUGGUCUUCUGUUUGCUUGCGUCAUUGGGUUUUGCGUGCCAUUGGGACUCAUCCUGUGCAGUUACAGCAGGGUCAGCUGCAAGCUCUACAAGACGGCCAAGGAAAACCCGGUGACCAACAAGUCUGGAAGCAACAGCAGGGCCAAAAACAUGAUUCUGCUCAUUCUGCUGAGCUUCAUGGUGUGUUUCAGCCCCUACCACAUUAACAUCAUGCAGUUUGCAGUGAGAAGGCUGUACAAUGAACCCUCUUGUGAGGAGUUAAAGACUUUGAAAAUAUCCUUGCAGGUAACCGUUGCCAUGAUGAACUUUAACAGCUGCCUCGACCCUCUUAUUUACUUUUUUGCCAUCAAAACAUACAAGCAGAGAGUGAUGAGUCUUUUUAAGAGCUACAUUUCCAUUUCGGCAUCUUCCAAGAGCAUGCAGGAAAACAGUAGCAGUAACACAUAAGGACCAAUAUUAUACAAAGUAAAAUCUGAUAGUAUAAACUGCAGAGGAAAUGCCUGCACACGUGUGAAAAUGUGGUUGGAUUGACUGCAAAGACUAGAUAUCUUUUUUUUUUUGGAGCAAAUUUCUUAUUUCUUAUGACUAAAUGGGCUUUGAAUCCAUGGUAUUUGAUUUGUUUGGGGAUUUUUGACCACAUUAUGAUUUUUUUAAGAUCACUGACAUACUCUUGUCCUUUAGCACAUUUUGCAAGGUCAGUAUGAAUUUGAAAA